AUGGAGAAAUUUAGAGCAUAUGCUGAUUCUUAAACAGGAAUCAAUCUAUUUGUACCAGCUUUUGUUAAUUAAAAAUUAUCCCCCCUCAUUCUGCUACUUCAUAUUGUAAUUAUUUCAUCAUAAUAUCAAUUAGACCAUAGGAUCCAUAUUGAUUUUGAUUAGAGUUCCUCUAUUAGCAAUUUUGAUUUUAUUACUAAAAAUUUUGAAUACUUUGAAAAUAGAGACUAUAAACUCAUUAAUAGGUAAAUUGAUGUUGUUUACAUGUGGAUUUUAUAAUAUCGAAAAUUAAAUUCCAAUUCAAGAUAAAGGUGGAUAACUUAUAUUAUCAAAUCAUUCAAGUCCAAUUGAUUGGAUUUAUUUCUUAGCUUAAUCAUCACCAAAUUUUGCAACUUUUGUAGAAAGUGGUGAUGAAAUAAGAUAUUAAAUAUUGUCUAUAACUUAAGUGAUAAAGAAUAUGUUUUCAAUUACUGUAGCUUAGUCAGGAACUGGAUUAUAAUUAAAUGAGGUUAUAUUUUAAAAUAAACCAACAUUACUAUUUUUUGAAGUAUUUCAAUAGAUAUAUUUAUUAAUAGGGUUGUUAAACUAAUUAAUUAGGAGUAUUAUCACCUCCAAAAUAGAUAAUUUCUGAAUUACAAAAAAUUGGAUAACUUAUUGUAAAUAUUAGUAGAAUAUUAUAUAGAACAUUUACAUAUUAACAUAUCCUGAUAGAUCUAUUUUUACUCCUAUCAAUACAACAAGGAAUGGGUUAUGGCAUUUUAUAAUGUUGUUAACAAAUAUUUGGAAUGAUUUAAGAGUUGUCAGUCAAGAGUUUGAAACUUCCAAAGACUAUUAGAAGCUUAUAACUAAUUUUUAUGAAUGUGAAGGAUUGAAAAUAGUAUUUUUAUAGUUUAUACUUUAGAUCCAUUAAAAAUAUACUGUAUAAACAGAUUUUUUAACAUAUUAUUGGAGAACUUCAAGUGGAAAUUAUAUUAAAUUAGAUUGAA